AUGGCUGAGCAAACUAGAUAUAGACGCUUUGAAAACACUAAUGAUCAAGUACCUGUCGAAAUUCUGCCAUUUCUGAAGCAGAGACCUGAAUUGACCAUUUUUGAAAAGAAACCUGCUACUCCAGCGCCACCACCAGCUCCUACUCGCAAUGUGCGUUAUCAUUGUGAGUUCUGCCCAUAUGAAAGUAGUUCUAUCCAGCAGUUCCAGGCUCACCUUGAUAACCACAAGUCAACCAGUGCCCAACAGUGUCAUCUUUGUUUUAAAGUAUUUAAAAAUGCCAGCAAAUUGCAGGCACACAUGUAUAGCCAUGAACCAACUCGCUCUCAUACUUGUGUAUAUUGUGAAAAGAAAUUCAAGACCCCGGCUACAUUGAAAGCUCACAUGAAAAGCCAUUUUCAAUUUGAACAAGUGAAAUGUGCAUAUUGUGAAAAAAGCUUUGCCAGUGAAUCACUUCUAAAGCGGCAUAUUGCAACAUAUCACAUGCAGUAA